UCUCUCUCUUCUCAGUCUGCUGGUCUCUCUCUAGGAUCUCUGUCCUAUUGGUGCGAUGGCCUUCUCCUUUCUGGCUUUCCUGAUCAUAUCUGUCCACACCCUCCUAUCCCUUGGCUGCCCAGUGGGAUGUCGCUGCUACAGCUUGACUGUAGAGUGUGGCUCUAUGGGCCUCCGGGACAUCCCCUCACAUGUCCCACCCUCCACACAGACCAUCUUCCUCCAGGACAAUGCUAUCGGGCAGAUCAAUCUAUCUGACCUCUCCCAGCUGGGCCUUCUGCACUGCCUGUAUCUGCAGAACAACAGUAUCAAAGCACUGGAGCCUGGGGCCUUCCAGAGCCAGGGUAAUCUUCUGGAGCUGGCCCUCAAUGGGAACCGCAUCCACCUGAUCACAGGAGACAUGUUCAGGGGCUUGGAGCACCUCCGUAUCCUCUACCUGGCAGGAAAUGACAUCACUCGCCUACAGGACUAUACCUUCAGAGGCCUACUGCGUCUUCAAGAGCUUCACCUGCAGCAAAAUAACAUUGAGAUGCUGGGAGACCAGGCUCUAGUUGGUCUGUCCUCUCUUGCCCUCCUUGACCUCAGCCGGAAUAACCUGCACACCAUCGGCCCUGCCACCCUGCGGCCCCUCGUCAGCCUGCAGGUGCUGCGUGUCACAGACAAUCCAUGGCGUUGUGACUGUGCCCUGCACUGGCUACGCAGCUGGAUUGAUGAGGAGGGCCAGCGCCUGCUGAGCUCGGCCGAGAGACGCCUGGUGUGUUCCGAGCCGCCCCGCCUUUCCCACCUCAGCUUGGUAGAGGUGCCUCUCAACAGCCUGGUGUGUAUCCCCCCUCUGGUGCAGCUGGAGCCACGCCGUCUGGCCGUGCGCCUGGGUGAAAGCCUACGUGUCUCCUGCCAUGCCUCUGGUUACCCCAGGCCACAGGUCACCUGGAGGAAGGCGUCCCAGGGCAAGGUGCAACUAUCCCCGCGGGGGCUGGUGCAGGACCUGGGCAGUGUAGGGAGCGUGGGGGCUGAGGAUGCAGCACACCCAGGGCGGGUGAAACUCCAGAAGGAGGAUAGGGAGCGCUUCGAUCCAGACAUGGGCAGUGGAAUGCUUUUCCUCAGCAACGUGACGGUGUCUCACGCCGGGGUGUAUGAGUGCGAGGCCUGGAACGCUGGAGGGGUGGCCCGUGUGACCUUUCAGCUAGCAAUCAACUCCUCGUCCUCUUCCGGUUGGUCCCCCGCCUCCUACGCCCCAUCCUGGCCUCGUCUGCGCGCCAAUCGGCCAACAUCGUCAGACGUGAGGAGAGAGCCCCUGUACGCCCUUGGCAGCAUGGCCUUCAGCACGCUGGGAGCUGCUACACAGACUGCCAUUGCCAUAGGGAUCUCCCUACUGGCCCUCACUGCCCUUCUCCUGGUGGCCAUGAUCUACAGCCGGCACCGCCAGCGGCAGAAAGACACAGAUGACAAGGAGGAAAGCGUACUGUAUGUCAAUGAUUACUCAGAUGGACCAACAACCUUUGCCCAGCUGGAGGAGUACCGCGAUGAGCGCGGGCAUGAGAUGUAUGUUCUUAACCGCGCUAAACCCAUCAUCCCACCUUCCACCACAGCUGAUACCACCACCCUGGGGUACCAACAGCAGGAAGCACUGUCUCCCACAAAGCCCCAGAUGGAGCCCGAUAUACGGACAAUGAGAAGGAUGGCAGGGGAGGGCGUGGAGGCAGAGACGGUGACAGCCGAGUCAGAGGGCUUGUUUCUGAAUCACACAGGGUUGUUCCUCGACUCACAAUUUGCAUAUGAGAUCCACUGCUGAAGGCCCCCAGGAGGACAUUCACUGUGAGCUAGCCCAGAGUGCUUAAUGUCACUUUUCAGAUGGAUGUCCCUCUGGUGACCAAACCUCUAGACUGCAGAUCAGAUGUGACAAUGAGAGUUCAGAUUAAUCAUAAAUCCUGAUUGCUCUGGUUCCAGAGUGACAAGCUUGAGUAGCAGUGAGAUAUAAAGACAUGCCAGGAGAGGUGCCGUCGUCAACCAAAACCCCCACUGUACUGUACCUUACUGUGAGCUGAAAAAACGUGUCUUAUGUCAUGUUGAUUAACUCCAACUUGAAACUAUAGUUACCAUAUUAUGGAGAAACCAUUAGUGGAGUGAGUCACGUGUAGUGGAAAUAACCUUAUUAUGAUUCUACUGUUUUACAUCAACUAAACUGUGUUAGGGGCCUAAACAGGCCCCCUUGGCAGAACGCUGAGAGGUUGAGAAUUUAAUGAGUAAUGUGUAUCGUAAGUCUAUCAUAAAAUACUUCUUUGUGAAAGACUACUGACCUACCCAGAUCCUCCAUUUUCUAGUCUACAGCCAUUGUCUUCGGUCAGAUGGCGUCAUUCUAACGCAACACACGUCAGUGCAGACGGCCGUCGCGCUGAUGCAAGACAAUGGUCUACAACAUAAUAUUCCUUCCAAAGAUGUCAUCAGUCAAACAACGGUAUACAGUCAAACAAGCUCCCUCUCCUUCAGGUCCUGUUCAUUUCAUUAUAGUGCCUUACAAAAGUAUUCAUCCCCCUUGGUGUUUUUUCCUAUUUUGUUGCAUUACAACCUGUAAUUUA